GCGACCUCUACAGUUCUUGAGACGACUCACGAUCACACUCCUCCGUCCUACGCAGACACGAACGUGACACCGUCCUACCGCUACUCCUUAUCCACAAGCGACUGCGCAAGCCGCCCGCCGCCUGGGUUAUGCAGUCCGCCAGGACUUGACAUACACUGCGGGACACGACCACUUCGAAAGCGAGGCGCCGCGACACCUGUAGAAGAUGGACAAUAAAGGGUUGGAUCGCCUGGUCAGGCAACUGAUCACUGGAUUUGAGACCUUGCAAGAUGAAUACGGAAAGCUGCACAGCCAGCACCAGGCUUUGGAGCGCAAACUUGCGACAGCGAGAGAUCAGUACAAUGAUCUCGCGAAACGAUAUGGCGCCGGUCCAACUGCCACACCUCCUCUGAGCCUUGCAUCCGUUCCCGCCGGAAAGGACCACGAAUCCGCGAACCCUACGACCUUCGAUAUUUUGGAGAAGAGCAGCGAGACAAGACAGGCAGCGAUCAAGGUCAGAGCGGCGAACACCGCUGCGACUAGCCUUAAACAGAAUCUUGACGGUUCAGGAAACGGUGUGCGAAUCUGGUCAGGGCCUGCUGCCGACAAGCAAGCUCCAGAGGGAUCCAGCUCCAUGAUGCCGUCCAUCUCCGAAUCACCAUUAGAACAGGACUUCACGGUUGAAGGAAGGCCGAGCCAACUGGGUUGUCCUUUUGCCGGUAUGGCGCGAAAGAAGCUGAGCUCCCACGCAGCGAGCGUUCUCAGUCGAUACGAGCAAACUGGCAGCGUUGCUGCGGCAAGCGUCGAUCGCAGUCAUACCAGUCGCAUCGAUGGCAAGGAGAGCUUGUCAUGGCGAAAGAGCAGGAGAGCGAGUAUGGUGGAUCCGAUCAAAGCAGAGAUCUGUGGUAUGUCGGACCACGAUACACACUCUGCCACGGCGGCAGCGAAGGAACCUAGCGUCAAGCUACCACAGGUCGAAAAUGCGGACGCAGGCGUCUGUCCGAUACGAUUCUUGGAUCAACACUCGCCAGAAGAGGUUGCCACCUACUUUGAGAACCAUAAGCAUGAGCUUCCGCGAAGUCACGAGGUGUGCGUCCGGCGGUACCAAAGCAACGAGGAUCAGGUGAAGGAACUGGACGCGAAAUACGGCACUCUGGUUUCAAUGAUACAAGGCUUGGGUCAGAAGCAUAAAGAUUAUUUGCCCGAGGAGCCCGAAGAUGCUGACGAGGAUGUGGCAAGCCAUCUGAGCAACGAGAAGGUUCGCAAGUGGGCAAGCAGCGUUGGUGCUGAGGGUCCAGAAGGUGAUGAGGCUGCUGACGAGGAGGAGCAGGAGGAAGACAGGAAGCCACACUUCGAGCGAGACCUUCGCGAGAUCCGGGUCGGUGAGUCCCCUAGCCGGCCAUGGGGCAUACAAGUUCCUGUACAGUACCUUGAGAAGGCUGUGAGCAAUGUCAGUAGCAAGCCGGCCCAAGUCAAUUCGCCUGCUCUCGAUCAGACUCGGCCGAGCGACCUGGAAGCCCCCAAGCAAGGCGGAAGGCCGGUCGGAAAGUGUCCAUUUGGUCACGGAGCUACUGGCCCUUCACCUCACGAGUCGAAAGCGAAAGCGGUUGUCGACGACCGUCCAACCCCGCCUGCGGCUGAACAAGCAAUAAAAGCCGCAAUGAACAUCAACGCGACGACCACGCCGACGAACGAGCAGCCAGCCAGAAAUCCCGAGCCGAGGAUGAUAUUCAACGGCCCAGUCUUCUUUGGCUACAGUGCUGAAGACACCGCGAGGAUCCUCCGAAGCAGUGGCCUGCAACCGUAUCAGUAA